ACAAUUGAAUUUUCUUGAAACCGGCAAAUGUUUUAAUUAAUUUUCAUCUCUACAUUUUUAAUUUAAUUUAAUUCUCUUGACGAGUGUUAUUUUUUUCUUGUGUUAAUUGUUAUCUCUAUUGACUGAUCUCUCUGUUUCCACCAUGACCUGUAACACAAUCUGUAACCCAGAUCUUGGAGAUAUUAUUGAAAAGCUAAAUGUUGGCUUGGAAGUGUCUCGAUCAACCAAAAUAUUUAAUCCUCAUUAUGCUUUAUAUAAAAAUAAAGCCAAUGGAAUUGAUAUUCAAAAGAGAAGAGAACAAUUUCUAAUUAAUCAAAAAUCAAAACGUAAAGAAAAUCUGAUGAAGAUACGACGAUUGACCAGUAUAAGUAUCGAUGAUGGUGACAGUUUGGAUGGUGACAAUGAUCGUGAAAAUUGCGGUGAAACAUCAGAUGAAAGUAUGGAUACAACAGCAACCAAAUCUGUAAAAUCGUCUCAUGUUAAAGAGGAAAAGUUUAACAUGUACAAAGAUCAAUUAAUGUUAUCUGAAUGGUUAACCGAGAAACCUUUUGAUUUUAUUGACAAUUGGUUUUUGGUUUUAUGUCCAAUUGGUAAAAGAUGUCUGGUCAUCGCCUCAUCUGGUCAAACUAAAGCCUAUUCACGAACUGGUCAUUUUAUUUCAUCAUUUCCAUCAUACUUACCUGGAGGUAAUAGAAGAGAUAAUUGUGCUCAUCGUAAAAGUGCAAUUCUUGAUUGCAUCUACUCUGAAUUGGAUAAAACAUAUUAUAUUCUUGAUGUAAUGUUAUGGAAUCAAAGUCAUUUCUAUGACAGUGAAACUGACCUACGAUUUUAUUGGUUAAAUUGUAAGAUACGAGAGGAAUAUAGCAAAGUAUCAACAACCGACCAUUUGAAUCCAUACAAAUUUAUCCUCUUGGAUCAUUAUAACUGUGAUAAUCAAUCGAUAAUUAAAGCUAUUACAUCUUAUUCUCUCAAACCCAAGAUUGAUGGCCUUUUAUUUUUCCACAAGAAAAGUCAUUACAUUCCCGAAGUAUCUCCAUUAGUAUGUUGGCUUAAAUUGAACAUGAUAAAAGACAUUCUUGGCAUCGAACUUGACUUAACUAAUCAAUCGAUGGACGUACAAAUUGAAGAUUAACAAGACCCGAUAACUUUAGGUCAACAUAUUCAUUCACCGGCUUGAGAAUCCAUUCUCACAGAUUCAUCAUUUUUUUUUGUAAAAUCGUUUCAGCGAAAAUCAUUAACAUUAUUUAAAUCUCAUGUUGUUUAGUGGAAAAAAAAUCUCCACCACAGUUUUACAAAGAUUAUAAUAAUUAUUGAAUUGUUCUCAUUGCAAGUAUUCAAUUAAAAUUCUAUCAUUAUUAUCUA